UACUGGAACCACUACAUGGGGAAUACUUACUUCUUCUCAAAGAUGAAAAUAUUAAUAAGUACUGGGAACCAUAUAUUUGGGGAAUUGCUUAUCUAAACACUUCUAAAAAUUUCAAAAAUAAAAGUAAACAACAAGAAUUUUGGUUUGAAGCUUUUUGUUACCAUUGUGAUGAGGAAACUGUGAAAUGUGGCAAGAGUGCUGAUAUUUGGGAAUCUUUUGUUACAUGUGGUUGUGAGAGGGAAGCUAAAGAAGAUUAUUUUAUUACUUGUGGUCAAUGUUUAAAGAUGAAAAUUCCUAUUACAGAGUGGAAAUUGCAAGAUGAAAAUUUGG